AUGCCGUGGCCGACGGAUCCACGUUUCGCGAGCUACUUUCUUCCGGGUUAUCCGGCCGCGAUCGCUGCAGUCAUGGCUGCAAUGCGUUCCUCCUCUUCGCCUGUGUACAGUCCCUCUGCGGGCGGUGUGGGCGACUACAGUCCAGGAACGACGGGUGGUUUUCUCAGCGGGCUGGCCUCAUCCAGUGCCUCACCGGCCGCAGUCGCUCCCUCACAUUCCAACUCGGCCUUCUACACUCCUCCUUGGGAAUCACAUGGUGCAGUGGCAUCGAACACUUCUGUGUUUGGAUCGCCGACUGGUAACGCUGGAAGUGGCGAUGGACACAGUGCCAACGGAGGCGAAAGUCAGCGGAGCACAUCUGUGGACGACUCCAGCCAGGUGGUGUUUGUGAGUUAA